UUACAAUGGGGAGACUGGAAAGUUUUUUCAAUGUAAAGUUUCUCUCUCUCAAAUAAAACAUCUGAAACUCAAGACAUCUUUAAGAAUUUCUUACGAAAACAUGCUGGAAGACAGUGGAUCUUGUUUUCUCCCAAGAAGGAUCUCCCAGGACCCUUUUUCCUUCUUGCUUUAAAAUUGAUCGUCAACAGAUGCGGAAGCUACAUCUUUUUGUUGGGUUAGUUCUUAAAUUAUUAAGUGAAGAGAGAUGAGACUCCUUAAGAUUGGCACUGGACAAAACAACACCUCACCUUCCUGGCUUAUGAAACUCAGUUUUAUUUGGCUUUUUAGUCUGAACUGUUGCAAAGCCAGUGCAGUUUGGACUGCUUAUAUGAACAUAUCUUUUCAUGUCGGGAAUCGAGUGUUGUCAGUGUUGGGGGAAACUGGAGUAUUUGGAAGAAACUCCACUUUGAAGAGAGUGACAGGAGUUCUAGUGCCUCCAGAUGGAAAAACUAAAAAUGCUUGUAAUCCCAGUACCAGUUUCGGCAGAUCAAAGAAUUUAGAGACAUGGCUUGCACUUAUUGAACGGGGUGGUUGUAACUUCACACAGAAAAUUAAGGUUGCAACCGACAAGGGAGCCCAUGGAGUGAUCAUCUAUAACCUACCAGGAAGUGGCAAUCAAGUUUUCCCUAUGUUUCAUCAGCCAUUUGAAGACACUGUUGUAGUUAUGAUUAGCAACUUGAAAGGAAUGGAAAUUUUGCAUUUGAUUCAGAAGGGAGUUCCUGUUACAGUCACGAUUGAGGUGGGGAGAAAAUAUGUCAUCUGGAUGAAUCACUACUUUGUCUCUUUCAUGAUUGUCACAUCUGCUACAUUAACAUAUUUUAUCUUUUAUCAUAUUCAUAGACUUUGGGUAGCAAGGAGUCAGAACAGAAGAUGGCAGCAGUUAGCCACAGAUCUUAAAAAAGCUUUUGGUCACCUCCAAGUUCGGGUAUUAAAAGAGGGGGAUGAGGAAUUAAAUCCAAGUGGAGAUAGCUGUGUAGUUUGCUUUGAACCCUAUAAGCUUAAUGAUACAGUUCGCAUUCUGACUUGUAAACACGUUUUCCACAAGAACUGUAUUGACCCUUGGAUUCUAGCCCAUGGCACAUGCCCUAUGUGCAAAUGUGACAUUCUUAAAGCUUUGGGGAUUCAAGUGGACAUUGAAGAUGGAAUAGAAUCUUUGCAAGUUCUAAUGGCGAAUGAAUUACCUGAAAACCUAUCUCCUAGGCAAGAGGAGACAAAUAAUGAAGUUCUUCCUGUAAGAAUGUCGGAUGUGGAAGAACACCUUACUGCUCUGAAUAGUAACAGCAAGCCCAGUUCUAUAGGGGAAACCAUUUAUCCUUAACCUUGACAGCAUGACCUCUGAGGAAGUGGAUUAAACCUGUUUGUCAAAUGAGGUCCUAAUAACUG